UUUAUUAAGACACGAUUCAAUCCCAUACUCCUCAUUUCUUCUUCCUUGUUUCUUCUUUCUUCGUCAAUUUCAGAAGAAGUCACGACAGAUCUGAGUGAAUCAAAAGCUCAGGUUUUGUCUUCCUCUUGGGUCUCUCUACUUUCUCUCGGCAAUACAAUUCAAAGAUAGAAAGCUUUAAACAAAAGCCUUUCCCUUUGUACAUCAUCAACAAACCCUAAACUCCGUGUCCCAACAAGAAACACGUAGAAUCAAAUGGUUCAUCAAAAGUUCUGGGAAAAUCAAGAAGAUCGAGCCAUGGUGGAAUCCACCAUAGGCACCGAAGCUUGCGACUUUUUCAUCUCAUCCGCUUCUUCCCUCACCAAGCUACUACUCCCCCCGCCUCCAACCGAUCCCAAUCUCCAGCAAGGCCUACGUCACGUCGUCGAAGGCUCUGACUGGGACUACGCCGUCUUCUGGCUAGCUUCAAACGCCAACAGCUCAGACGGCUGCGUCCUCAUCUGGGGAGACGGCCACUGCCGUGCCGUAAAAGGUUCCCCAGGAGACGACCAAGACGAGACCAAAAGGCGUGUCCUUGGCAAGCUCCGCUCGUCCUUCAUCGGUUCUUCAGACGAAGGAGAAGAAGAUCAUCAUCGCCUGGUGAAAUCUGGACCUCUUACUGACUUCGACAUGUUUUAUUUGGCGUCUCUCUAUUUUUCCUUUAGGUGUGAUUCGACCAAGUACGGUCCUGCUGGGACUUAUGUCUCUGGGAAGCCGCUAUGGGCUGCGGAUCUGCCUAGCUGCUUGAGUUACUACAGGGUUAGGUCGUUUUUAGCUAGAUCUGCUGGUUUCAAGACUGUCUUGUCUGUACCUGUGAACUGUGGUGUUGUGGAGCUUGGCUCGCUGAAACUGAUUCCGGAGGAUAAGAGUGUGAUCGAGAUGGUGAAGUCUGUGUUCGGUGGAUCCGACUUUGUUCAGGCUAAAGAAGCUCCCAAGAUCUUUGGUCGUCAGCUGAGCCUAGGCGCGUCGAAGCCACGGUCGAUGAGUAUCAACUUCUCACCUAAGACGGAGGAUGAGUCUGGUUUCUCCUUGGAACCGUAUGAGGUGGUGCAAGCGAAUCAAGUGUACGGCUACGAGCAAGGGAAAGACGAGGCGGCGUUGUACCUAACCGACGAGCAGAAGCCGAGGAAGAGAGGGAGGAAACCUGCGAACGGAAGAGAAGAGGCCUUGAACCACGUGGAAGCGGAGAGGCAGAGGAGGGAGAAGCUGAACCAGAGGUUCUACGCGUUGAGAGCUGUUGUGCCUAACAUCUCCAAGAUGGACAAGGCUUCGCUCCUUGCUGACGCGAUCACGUACAUCACCGAUAUGCAGAAGAAGAUUAGGGUGUACGAGACGGAGAAGCAGGUGAUGAAGAGGAGGGAGAGUAAUCAGAUCACUCCGGCGGAGGUUGAUUUUCAGCAGAGGGAGGAUGACGCGGUGGUGAGAGUGAGCUGCGCGUUGGAGAACCAUCCGGUUUCGAAGGUGGUGCAAGUGUUUAAGGAGAAUGAAGUUACCCCUCAUGAUGCCAACGUGGCUGUGACGGAGGAGGGCGUGGUUCAUACGUUCACUCUCCGGCCUCAGGGUGGUUGCACCGCUGAGGAGUUGAAGGACAAGCUCCUCGCCUCUCUCGCACAGUAGUCGUUGUGCUUAUUAAAAAGUGUAAUGCUGUUAGUUAUUGGGUUGUAUGAUCAAUGUACUAUUACUAGCCAACCAAAAAACAAGAUAUGGCUUAGGAGUGUGUAACUGUUUACUUUUGAUGUCAUGUUGUGAUUUGUCUUUUACAUAAUAAGACUACUUGAGAAGGGAGCUUCUCACUCGUCUC